UCUGUUCCAUAACGACGUUGAAAAAAUCACGCAAAUCUGUUGUUGAAGUCGAAUCAAUUUUUGUGUGAUUAUUGCGGCCGACGACAAGAAAAAACGUCAAUAAUUCUUUUUGUUUUUGUAAUAAAAUCAAGGCAAACGCCAACAUAAAAACUUAGGAAAGAAGAAAUCAACGAUUCGUAGGGCGUGAAAAACGAUGAAAAUUGUGUUAUUUAAAUUACCAAAAAAGGUCAAAUGAACUAAAAAAGGAACCUCUUUGCGGAAAAUUCCAAUAAAAAAAGACGAAGAAGAUGUUGCCCCAACUAUUUGUUGUACAAUAAAUACGUGAUUGCCAAUCGAUAAGUGAAUAGUGUUUUAGGGACGCGGCGGUGCUCCUGUCGGGAAAGUUGUCAAAACGACGAACGAUUUACAGGCAAAAAUAUUCGCAUACAACAUUUUCAUACAUCGGUCCGUAGUGUACCACCGUCAGUUCGUGUACUGUGUGCAGCACUGUGUGUGUUGUGUAUGUGGCUCUCAUUGCGUAUACGUACUCUAUGAAGAAAUGGAAGCCUAGAAGAGGUGCUUCUGCUGCUGUUCUUACAACUGUUGUUUUUUUCGGUUCUUUCUUUAUUAAUUUUUGUUGUGUUACACAGCGAGUGUGACUCCCUUGCGCGAUAAUAGCCUCGAAAAGUCCAGCAAAGGAAUACGGUUAACGAAGAUCACCGCUUGAGACGCUAUCAUGAAUCGGUAUUAAUCGGAGGAUGUUUUGUUGAUAACGAAAAAAACACGAAGAAGAACAUGGACCACCAGUGGUAGUGGCCAAUAAUUUUGUAAUUGUGCAACAAACAAACAAUACAAAAAACAAAGUAAAGUCAGUGAAAGCUCUUUUGCAACUCCAGGAUGAUUUCUUUGCAAUAAUUGCCAUUGGAUCUGUUAAAUGUAAAGAAGAGUCACCAAUGUUGUUUCUGGAAUUGUAUUACGUAAAAUCAAAACCAUCUCAACUAAUGUCGCCAAAAAUUCAGCGUUGUAUGCAUAGAUUUUCCUAGGAUAAAACGACUUUUACAACCUCCAGCCGUAACAGGUCUAUAUAAACGGGGCACAUUCAAAAUUAAACACGUCUCUUCUCUACAGAGAAUGUUUACACCCAUAAAAAACUUCAUAACUUAUAUACAAAAGAAUGCAAAUUUUGGAUCGAAUACAACGUCAGCUAGUAGUGAAGAAAAUAAAAAACAAACGAUGGAAACUAACGAUAAACUAAAUUUACAAAUCGCCGAAAAUGGACAAAACUUUGAGGAGGGAGGAAAUCUAACUACUACAGAUGGAACGAAGUCCAUAAAUGGAGGAUUAAGCUCAGUUAUGGCUUCUUCAUUAACAUCAGAAACCAACACGGAAUCAAACUCAGCAAGAUCAUCGCUUAAUGGGAACAUGGACAGCUUAAGAGUAGAUAGUGAGGAAUAUGAAGAUGACGAUGACAUUGAGUCACAAAUAGAAAGUAGUAUUAUGAUAAAGAAGCCAGUAAAAGAUGGCAGCAAUAAAAAUAGUGAAAUACUCGAAGUUAAGAAAUCACCGGAUCGUAGUAUUGUCAUUAGCCAUGAUUGUGGUCCUCGUUCAAUGGUCGUGGCAUCACCAAUUGAUGAUGAGUUGGAUGAUUUUCGACAUGCUCCCUCAGAAGUGAUAACAUCGUCACCACUUAAUAAUCAUGGCGAUGGUGAAGUAGAAAUUAUUUCUUCCUCCAAUGAUAAGAAUAAAAGCAGUUGUAAAGUAAUGCUAGAAAGUAGUAAUGGCCAUCACAGCCAAGUCGAAGAAGAAGAAGUAGAGUAUAAUACAUGCGACAGAAAUGGAAAAGACAAUACACAAGACUCCAUAAUAAUCUCGGACUCAAGUGGCAGUGAGAAAUUAAAUGGAAGUGAUGGAAAAAUUGUCCUAAUAGAUUCCGAGUUUGAAGAUGUGGAGGAGAGAGUGGAAACUUUGUAUUCCGUUUCGGCAGAUGAAGUGGAUAUUGAUGAAGAGGAUGACUCAGAUGAGACAUUCUUAGAUAUGGAUCAAUUUCCAGACGGUGAGGUUAUUGUCAUCAGUGAAAAUACGGAAGAUAAUACCGAUAUAAUGCCAAUAGAAUCCUCAGAUGCUGCCAAUACAAGUGAUGAUCCCCUAGCCAUUGCCUGUGAUGAAGUGGAAGCUUUUGCUGCUGAUAAAAUUACAGCAUUGCAAGAACUGCAUUUACUCAAUAAUUCGGCAAAUUCUCAAGAUGAAGAUACAACAACUACAACAACAACGGCGGAUGAUGAGAUACUUUGGCUACGAAGUGAUAAAUUGAUUACAACAACGGCAACAGCGGUAAAGCGUAGCAAUGAGCAACCGACGUGUAGCAAAAAUGCAAUUCUCAUUUUGUCGAAUGGACAAAAUGCUGCAACACCCGAGAAAGAGGAACGCAAUGGUGAAGGUUCCGAUUCAGGUUUGGGUAGUGAAACUUCAGCACUACAUACCACAAAUACCAGCAUUGUCGAUACUAGCCAUUUAAACAUGACCUCAUCAGUAGUGACCACACCCGUCACAUCUCCCAACAGCCGGUUGCCUCCUAAAACUAAGGAAAAAGACAUCAGCAGUGAAGUGAUAAAAACCACACCCACCAAACCAUUGCGCUCGAAUUUGAAACGACGUUUGGAAGUGGAUCAUGAUGAUGUUGUGGACACCCUAAGGAAUAUCGCAACGUCAAGUACAAGCACCUCAUCGAUGGGAGGAAAUGCAAAUAAAAAACCAAAGCGUUCGAUUAACUUCGAUACGGUACAAGUCUAUUAUUUUCCUCGACAACAAGGUUUUAGUUGUGUGCCUUCGGCAGGCGGUUGUACUCUGGGCAUGGGUGCACGACAUGUGGGCUUUAAGACACUCACGCUGGCGGAACACGCUGCCGAACUGAGACGUGCCCAUCGUAUGCAGCUACAAGAAAUCAAUCCCCGUGGAUCUUCCAGUGAUGACAGUGAAGAAUCGGAAGAGGACUAUCUCAGUGAGGGAAGUGGUUCUGAUCUUGACGGGGAAUCGAAUGGUUUCCUUCAACCUGUUUCGCCCAAGCAAAGAAGGACCAUUUUAAAAGCAGCCGGUAUACGGAAAAUAGAUCCUAGCGAAAAGGCCGAGUGUCGUGAUAUACGCAACAGUCGAGAGGUAUGUGGCUGUUCGUGUCGAGAAUUUUGCGAUCCCGAAACAUGUGCAUGUUCACAAUCUGGCAUCAAAUGUCAAGUUGAUCGUGAUAUGUUUCCCUGUGGUUGUACAAGAGAUGCCUGUGGCAAUACAAUUGGUCGGGUUGAAUUUAAUCCAGCUCGAGUGCGAACCCACUUCAUACACACUCUGAUGAGACUGGAAAUGGAGAAUCGACAACAACAAAAUCCCUAUACACCUGCUGGUGCCGUUAUACCCACAGCCACAGUAAAUUCGUCUUCGUAUUACCAGUCACAUUUGCAGCCACAAUCAAAUUAUAGUUCAGGUUAUGCAUCACCUGCUUAUAAUCCCGGUGCAGAUAUGCAUCAACAAAAUGCUGCCAAUACAUUCUAUCAUCAUCAACAACCUACAACCUCGACAAGUGCACUGUAUGGUGGUGGCGGUGGUGGAACAUCACUGGAAAUGUCCCAUGCGGCAUCAUCUUCCACAGCAUCGUAUGGCAUGGAUAAUAUGGACAGUAGUGGCAUAUUCAAUGGCGCGGGAUCGAAUGUCACACCCUCAUAUGGAGAAUUAAUGCCAGUGGCAUCUUAUCAUCCCCAUCACACCAUGAACUAUGGAAACGUCCAGGAAACACAGAUGUCCGGCUACAAUUCCUAUAACAACAACAACACCACACCAUAUAUAAAUACAAAUGUCAGCACAAAUCUGAAUAACACUCCAACAAGUUAUAGUUCGUGUUCGGUACCAUCCUUACCACCCUAUGGCACCGCAACAACUACGGAAGCUUCAGCCACUUAUCAUCAUAGUGUUGGCAGCCUAACAACUUUGGGAACCACAACAACAGCGCAAUCCUAUGUCAAGGCUGGCGCCGAGACCACAACGCCGCCAAUGUACAAUGAUGAUGUUGGAACAAGUUUUAUCGAUCUAACAACACCCUUGGCAAGUUCCUCGAGAUUAACGCAGCAAAUUAAUGAUUUAUUAGAGAAUAAUCGUAAUAAUAGCACAGCAUUAGUGGCAGUGACACAAAGUACUGAUGAAACAGGCAGUUCCGCUAAAAAUGCUGGCGUGGCACAUUUGAAUGGCAUUUGUGAGGUGGGAGCAAAUCCAGCAGCAACAUUGUCAUCAAAUCAGGCUGAAACGACAUCACUUAAUACACCACCCAUGGAAGAGGUUAAUAAAACAUGUGUUUAUGACAAUUUACAAACGGCAAUGCCUCCCUUGAAGCCGGCACCAAUUGUGGUUGAGGACAUUAUUGAAGCUGGGCCAGAAAAAUUACCUGCUCCACCACCACCACCAGCAUCACGUCAAGUAUUAACACCAGCACCAUCAUUGGAGGAACAAAAACAUCAACCAGAAACUCCAGUUUCAAUGGAUAAUGCUACAAAUGACAUUUGCACCACUUCUACCACUACAGCUAAUACAGAACCAAUGAUAAAUUUAGCCACAGCAGUAGUUUCAACAGCGGAAAAGCCAGAGGAAGAGGUAAAAGAGCUGGAAGAAGAAAAAAUGGAUACAACGGGAACAACAACAGAGACAUCGGCUGAAAGCAAUGAUAUAAAUGUUACGACUGAAACAACAACAGCAGAAAUAGAAAAUGUAGACGAAUCCCCCGCCGCUGCCGCUGCAUCACCAGCAGACAUUACACCAUCACCAACGUCAACCAUUGAAGUUGCUGUGGCCGUUGGUAAUUAAAGUUUUCCAAACUGCAAUGCAAGUUUGAAAGUUUCUUUUCAAUUUAACUACUACCCCACUCCCCAAAAAAUAUGAAUAAGUCAUUCUAGUGCUAAUAGCAAGAACAAAUAACCAAGCAACCACUAAACGAGGAAGAUAUGAUUAAUAAAAACAAACUGAGAAGAAUAAAUGAAGCAAAGUAUUUAGUUAAGUUCCAAUUUUUAAUUUUUAAGCCUUAAGCGUGUUAAAACAAGUAGCUACUAAAGAAAUGGCAAAACAAACAACAACAACCCCUUCCUCUCAUAUAUAAAUGUAAAACACUUAAACUCACACUCACACACACACAUACAUAAACAAUUCAAGCAAAAUAAUCAAACCAAUCAACAUUUCUAGCAUUAAUUUUCAAUUAUAUAUUCUAAAAGAAAGAUGAACAAAAAAAAAAAAAAACAAAAUUCAAAUCAAAGACACAGUGACUCAAAAACAUAAGUAAUAAUGUAGUGUGUUCAAACUCACACACACUAAAAACCACAAACCUACACAUCUUUUAGAUAAAAUACAUUAUGUGAAGACAGUGUUUGGGAAAACCGUUUAAAAAAGAAAUAGUGUGAAAAUGGAAGAUAUUUAGUUUUUUUAGAUAUUUUUAUUUAGUUUUUUUUUUUUUUUUUUUUCAUAUUAACAUGGUUAUUACUAUUUAAAUAAUUGUCCACUUUUUAAUAUGAUUUUUGGAACUUCUUUCUCUAAUGGCAAUUUUAUUGAAAUUACUCCUCAACGAAUUGCCUGUUUUUAUAUGACGUUUCAAAAGUUAACUUGAAAAAUAUCCAUUCCUUGUAUGUUUUUAAAAUUGUAGAAUUUUAUUCGUUUUAAAAAAAUUCUAUUGGAAUGGGUUUUUUUCUUUUGAACUCAAUUUCGUAUCGUCAUACAGGAGCAGACACUUAAUACCAAUGACUUCAACGAGUUUCCAAAUUUCAGUGGUAAUAACCUUUGGCUGUAUAAAAUGUUUUUUGUUUUGUUUUUUCUUUUUUUCCACUAGAAUUAAUCAAGUUGUAGAAUUUGUUAUGUAAACAACAAUCUCCACCACAACCACAUCCCAAUAAUUGUAAAUAGUUGUAUUAAUUGGAUGUUGCGUUGGUAGAUAGACAAAAAAAAACAUGAUUUUCUUUAAAUUCAGUUCGUAUAACUUAACGCCUUUUAAUAAGAUUCUGUCUAUAUUUAAUUUAAUAGAAUUUAUUGCCAAAUCUAAAUUUAUUUAAAUCGCUUAUUUUUUGCAUUUAAAAUUCAAUAAUAAAAGCAAAAUGUUGAAAAUA